AUGUCGUCGGAUGUUUCAGGAUCUCCCGGUCGUCCUCGUAAAAUUACUUUGGCAGAUUUCAUCCAAGUAAAACGUACCAAUCCACAUGUAAAUUUUGACCUUCGCUCAAGACCAUUAACGCCACACAAUGGUGUGUCAAGUGUUCAAGGUAGCCAAAAUAACAUGGAUACACAUUCUUCAACCACAGACAAAACCAUUUCAAACACAUCAAAUAGACGAGACAGCUCUCGGACGUAUUCAUCUGAUGAUCAGGAAGACGAAAAAGAAGCUAAAGGUGAGAAAAACCGCCGACAUAAAAGGGCCGUGUUUGCGAGUGAUGGUCAAGGCCAACGAGAGUCAGCAUGGAAAUCAGAAAGUGUGAGACGAAUUCGUAUGAGUACAAUUAUCCAGAAAAGUCGGGAUAGUUCUGCUAAAACAACAAGAACGUCUAAUUUAGAUUCAUUCAAUGAUUCAAGAUCAGGAUAUAGUUUGGACGUUAUGUCGACACACUCAACAAAGCACAGACCUAACACUCGAGAGAGCAAACGGUCAAGACGAGGUCGUGGGUCAAGGGGAGAUAAAAGGCAAACUUCACAUACUCCUGACGGAUCUGACGUACAUCGACAAACACGGGACAGUACAACACAGACACCUGGGGAAAGUAGGGCGUGUCAGACAUCGCCUAUUUUAUAUAGUAAAACUGAUGGCAAAAAAUCAGUUAUGGAGGAGGUCAAGUCACAACCUAUCACAGAAGUGGAUGACGAAUUCGAUUAUCCAUUAUCACAACUGUUAGCAGAAUACCCAUAUAAUCCUAAAACAAAAGAGACCGAAACAAAAGUGACUGAAUCAAAGACAAUAGAUAUAGAUAUCCAAAGCUCAAAUGACGACGGGAAAAAGAUUUAUGAUGCAGACGGAACUAUCAUCGUUGUAACGGCCUCCUCGCAAAUCAAUGCAAGGGCAAUGCUAAUAGAUAAAGACAAAGGCGAUGAUUCCAAAAGCGUUGCAAUCUCCGAACAGGAAAAACCUGAUACAGGUUCUGAAACAAAGGAUGAGAACCACAUUGAUAACCGACGCGUUUUUAGCGAUCCAAGCAGAGAUAAAUAUAAUCAAUCUGGAAAUUUGAGUGGAACUGACGAACCGGCCGAAGCUCAAGGUGGCAAACAUCCAAAAAUUAUUUCAAACGCAGACAGUUUAACUAUGUCAAAUACAGUUCUGUCUUUAGACAAAAAACAAAAAGAGUCACCGUCUGAUCAGGUUAAUAAUGGUUUAAUUGUGCCUCCUUCUUCGCUGGAUUCUUUACAGGAGAAACCCAUUGGUGAAGGGUUCGAACAAAUGGAUGAAUGUGCAAAACCAAACACCAUUGGUAAUGCUGUGCUAGGUGUAGACAAUAAACUUGCACCAGACGGUGCGAGUCUUGAAAUCAGGUCAGAUGUUGAACCAGCAACAGAAAAAAUCACCGCUGCCAGUCUGCCACCUUAUAAAGACGAUAAUGUUGAUAAACAACCACCAGAAAAAUGUAUAAGUGUUGAUUCUACAACUACCACAACAGAAAAUAUUGAAUUGGAAAGAAAAAACAGUGUUCAAAUAUCAUCGAAAACAUCAUUGCACGAAAACAACGGUAAUGACCCUUCGCAUGGUCGACAUUCAAGUAGUGAAUUUUCACAAGCCAAAGACAAAGAUGUUGGAACUCUACACAAAACAGCGGGCGAUGGAUCUAUGAUAGAUACAAAAAGUGGUCUUCAAAAGAAGGAUAUUCACACUACAGGUCAAGAAUUACACAAUGAAAAAUCAAAACCUCUGAACGUUAAAAGAAACCACCCAGCAAAUACGUCUAGCAGCAUUAGUCGCAAAAAACUGGAAAUGGAAAAGUCACAGCACGAUAAAGAGAAAGAGAAGAGACUGCUUGGUGCAUGUAAGAAGGAGUUGUCUGAUGAAGUUCAACUUGGGAAAGCAGUUCUAAAUGUCAUCCAAAUGUGGAAGGAUUCUGCGGUAGUCAGGUCUUUAAAAGAUCAGCAAACUAAAAGAAUUUUAGAAGAUGAGACAGAAAAUGGGAAUUCGUCAUCAAGUUGUCAGUGGUCGGACAAAACGUCCGAGACAGAGGAACAGCUACCUUCCCGUGGAAGUUUAUCAAAGAAAAAAGACAAUGAAAGUACAAUACUGAAGACGGCAUCGAUGACACAUAGUCAACAAAAACAGAUUCAGAUUGUAAUACGGAAUCCUGGACGGAAUGAUGCCUCUAACAAAGAAUCUGCGGUCAAAAUCGUAAUUAAACUGCCAAACGACCCUCACAGCCAGUCUUCUGUAAGUACUCCUGAUGUAGCUGAAGCGAAAGUAGGCAAACCAAUCAACGGCAUGGAUGAAACAGAUCAUGAUAAACACGUCGAGAUUCCAGAAACACACGAACAAGAGACACCAGAGAUUUCUAAUGAGGAAACAAAACAAAUUCCUGUUGAAGGGCCAGAAGACAUUCCUGACCAAGAACCAGAAACGGUUCCGGAUCAGGAACCGCCAUCGGAAGUUAUCAAGGAAACACAAAUGGUAUUACCACCUGUUAAAGUACUAGCCCCCAGUGAAAAAGACAGAAGUUUUAAAAGAUUAAAACACGUAAAAAGUGGUAAACGAAGGACAUCUUUUAUUUCUGUCCGACAAGCGACGGUUACAACGGCUUCAGUACGCAUGCGUGAAGUAGACGGGGUAUUCUGUAGCAACAAAGGCGUGUAUAUUGGUCACGACCGAAAAUUGUAUAACACGUUCAAGGAUGCAUCGCAAACAUCACGUGUUGACCAAAUUCUUGAAAACUUCAAAGAGAUGCGGAAUGGGAACAUAGGAAAACCCGAGUUUCUAUACGAUCAAGCUAAUGAUGAGAUAUUCCAGACUCACCUCGACAGUUUCCGGCGAGGAAAUUCCAAGUCUAAGGUCAAUGGGAGCGUUGUCAUGGCAACGAGCAAAUUAUAUGGUCAAGCACGAACUCGUAAGGCAAAGGCGUACUCCAAUUUACACAAAAAGCUGACGAACACUGUGAAUUAUUAA